AUGGAUCAGGUAAUGCAGUUUGUUGAGCCAAGUCAGCAGUUUGCAAAGAAUUCAAUUCAGCUGGUUAAAAGGUGCAACAAACUUGAUAGAAAAGAAUUCCAGAAGAUGGCCAUGGCCACAGCGACAGGAUUUGCUAGCAUGGGGUUCACUGGCUUCUCUGUGAAACUGAUCCCUAUGCCUACUGAGAACAUUACUGUGGGGCUGGGUCCUUUCUCAUCAUGUGAUGAAUGA